UGCUAUGCUAAAAGCAUUGGGGAGUGUCAUACCUGGGCUCUCAGCGGGCAUUUUCUUUUUCGUUUAAUAACACAGACAUCGUUUUGGAGGUCAGGAAAAACGUUAUUGGAAGCUUGUCGGCCUUGUGAAAGACACACAUGAACACAAGGACGAAGGAUGACAAACAUCAGACGGUAUUUUGUCAAGCACUUGAUCACCUUCUCCCUCCAGAGAGGAGACGUGAAGAGCGUGGAGGAGGCCCAGUCUCGUCUCCUCCAGCUGGCUCAGGCCAACAAUCUGUGGAGUCAACACAUGCUGCUGGAUGUCGGAUCGGAUGCCGUUUAUCUCAGAGAUAUACAGACUAAGGAAGAGCUGGAGAAGUACACCUUCACCUCCAUCUUCCGCUGCGAAUCCAUCAACUCGGAGGAGCGCUUUCCAUCUCUCCUCCUCCUCGUGUGCCAAAGCCCCAAUGAGAAAAAGCCGGAUAUUCUCUUCUUCGACUGUGAGAACAUACAGGCAGAACAAGUCUGCAACAACAUCACGCAGGCCGUUUCCUGGUCCGGCCGGAGCAAGACCAUCCCCGCUCCAAUCAGGCUUUCCCACAACGGCGCAGACAUGAUGGACCCCUAUGGCAUUCCGAGCCCCCCCAUCGCGCACGCUCCCAAUGCCCCUCCAACCAACCCCCCGCCUUACCCGGGACGGAGAGCUAACGGAGGCCCUGACAUCUCCUUGCUUCGAGCUGAGAGAGAAGUGGAAAUCCUCAAUCACUGCUUCGAUGACAUCGAGAGCUUCAUGUCCAAACUGCAGCAGACUGCCGAGGCCGCCAUCGUGCUCAACCAGAGGAAGAAGAAGAAGAAAAGCAAAAAGCAGAGUGCGGAAGAAGAUCUACUCACCAUGAGGGCAAGGCCGCCACCCGAGGAGGAGUUUGUCGACAUCUUCCAGAAAUUCAAGUAUUGCUUCAGUCUGUUGGCCCGUUUGAAAUCAAUCAUCGCCAAUCCUUCCUCCGAGGAGCUCGUUCAUCACGUAUUUAAACCUCUGGAUAUGAUGGUGAAGACGACAGGGGGCCCGGCGCUGGCGGCCUCCGUGUCCAGCCCCGCCCUGACCAGCGCUGCCGUGUCCCUCCUGCAAGAGAACCUGAACGUGGAGGAGAGGCAACUGUGGACAUCCCUGGGUCCCAAUUGGACACAUUCUCGCUCUGAGCUCAGAGGGCCCAUCGCUCCGUAUACGCCCGUUUUCCUCGACGGCUGGAAGCCCGACGCGUUCCGGGCGGACGGGCGGGUUUGGGAGGAUCCGGUCGAGUCGCAGCACAAGCACGAGGCCCUCCGGCUCAAACAAGAGCAGCAGCAACAGCAGCAGCAGCAGCAGAACAUCCACAUCGGUGAUGAAAUAGACACAGGAGCACCCCCAGAGUUUGAAAAAGUCUACAGUUGCAGUUAUGACUUCAUUGCCAGGAACAACACGGAGCUUUCUGUGCAACAAGGGGAGACGCUGGAGGUGCUGGAGUCAUCCAAGCGCUGGUGGAAGUGUCGCAACCGCUUCAACCAGGUGGGCUUUGUUCCCUUCAACAUCCUGGAGCCCCUCACUCACGUGGAGAGUCCCGUCGCCAGCAAGCCCCCCGCGAUCCCCCAAGCUCCGCCCCCGCCCCCACUCGCCAAGAGUUUCACCCCAGCCGCACCCAGCCUGGCCACUCUGCGCCCAAACUCGAGCGGGCAGCGCGCGCCGCACAGCGUGCCCGCCUACAACCAGCAUGCGUCGGCAGCGGAGGACGACAAAGUCAUGCUGGUGAACGACGAGUUGCUCCAGAGGCUGACCAACGGAAAGGCCAUCAACAGCAAGCCUCUGUUCAUCCCUCGCUCGACGGAAACCUCCCUCCCCCUCGACUACCACUCCAACCCUGAAGAGGUGGCGUCGUGGCUGGCCGGCAAAGGCUUUAGUGAACCGACGGUGGCGUGUUUGGGGGUCCUGACGGGGGCUCAGCUCUUCUCCCUCAGCAAGGACGAGCUACGCGAAGUUAUCCCCGACGAAGGCGCUCGGGUGUACAGCCAAAUGGCGGUGCAGCGCGCGCUGCUGGAGGAUGCUCGCAGGGCCACGGAGCUGGAGGCCGUCAUGGAGAAACAGAAAAUGAAGGUGGAUCUGAAAUUGGAGAGCAGCACGCUGUGAGCGGAUGGCUCGCGGGAUGGACUUGGUAGCAUUGUUAUUUAGAAUAUCAGACGGUACAUACCUGCGAAACCUCAGUGGCCGUUUGGACUUCAGUUUUGUAUUUCACGCAUGUAUACGCCGCUAACUUAUAAUGCCGAUGUUGGUUUUGCCAUCCAUUCACAGUAACACUGAGUAGAUGAAAUGCACAGCUUUAUUCAAAUACACUCACUCCUUAGGACAUUUUACCGGUAGUUUGGACACCAGAAGCACUUGCCGGCGGAGCCCUGCCACGUUCCAGUUUUAACCCAAUGAGCUUUGAACCCAACCUGCUCAAAUUCCACAACUACCCAGCGACUGGGUUAGCGACACAACCCAAAAUCAAAAUGUCUUUGUGUGCGAGUGUGUUUCAGAAAUGACCCAAAUGCAACAUAUACUUUAAUAUGGUUUAAUUGAGAAGACUUUUUUUUUAAUGAAUCCCAGUAGAACCGGAUGAUGGCCUUAUGUAAAGCGAUGAAGACGUUACAAUCUGUUUGCAUGUAAUUACAAAGCAUGUCUGUUGCAUUGUUUUAGUUUUAAUGGCGAGUACACAUUUCUGCUUCACUUGCCAACACUAACUCAAGGGAACAUUCUUUGAAUGGUCAAUGUUUGUAUUUAUAGAAAGUCCCCCCCCCCCCACCCCUUCCAAUCAAUUAACAAAACAUGACAGAUGACUCACAAACAUUUCCAACAAAUUCACUCCUUUUUUUUUUUUGCCCCACUAGACUUCAUAUUUUAUUUUACUCUCACUACUUACUGGCCACCUCCUCCAAAAUAAAACAUACUACGUUGGGAAAAAAAGCAAACCAACAAACAUGGCUGACAUGUAAAGGACCUUAAGGAGAGCUCGUAGGAAACAAAAACGCGCAUUCCAAAGUCCGAUUCUGUAGUAAAAGAAACGUAAUAAAAUAGUAUUCGCAAAUGUA